GUGAGAAAGAAUAUUGAAUCCAUCCACCAAUUUUCUUCAUCUUCAUUAAACACCACACACAUACACAAAACCAAAUCAACGCACGAAAACAAGAGAUUAUGCGUACUCUUUUGACUAUUACUGCUGCAGUCAUGCUAUUUGCCCAAUUGGGCCAUGCUGCAAAUAUUGAAUCAAAAUCUUUGAACGAAACCUUUGUUACUUUCCGAUGGAACGGCAACGGUACCAUGGCUCAGGAAACCUUUGAUCUCAACUUGGACCAACCGGCCCGUCUUCAGGUCAUCGAUUUCAAGAAUCGUGGUGAUAUGUUCCAGCUGUACGAUAACAGCACAUUGAUCGGUGAGACUUCCAAUGUCGAAUUAGUCGCCGAUGACCAAACCUAUGCUGCCACUCCCGAAGAAGCGCUCAAGGACCGUCGUUUCAGCCGUGGCUCUUUCCACCUAGAGAAGGGUGCCCACAAGAUCAGCAUCCGAGCCAAGGGUCCCUAUGAAGCCGGUACCGCCGCAAUCCGCCUUGUCCAACCCCGCUCCGAUCAACGUCUCUUGGCCAAACACGGCAAGGGCAAAGGCCACAAGGGCUGGGACCACGGUGACGACAAGAAGUGGGGUGAUAAGAAAGGCAAAGGCGGCUGGAAGCACAAGGGUUGGGAUGAUGAUGAUGAUGAUGACGACUGGCACAAGGGCGGUGACUGGGGCAACAAAUGGGACAAGGGCAACAAGUGGGACAAGGACAACAAAUGGGACAAGGACAACAAAUGGGACAAGGACAACGACUGGCACAAGGGUGGUGACUGGGGCAACAAAUGGGACAAGGACAACGACUGGAACAAGGGUGGCGACUGGGGCAACAAAUGGGAUAAGGGCAACGACUGGCACAAGGGUGGCAACGGCUGGAACAAGGGCGGCAAAGACUGGCACAAAGGCAACGACUGGAACAAGGGCAACGAAUGGAACAACAAAGGUGGUAAUUGGCACAAUAAGUGGACUGAUGACGAUGGUAUCGAUCACUCUCACACCGUCACCAUCACCAAGACACACUGGGUCCACGAAAACCCACAAACGGUUGCUCAACGUAUUUCCUUGCCGGGGCCUAUUAUCCCAGUAACCACCGUAUAUCCUCACAAGUGGGGAAACAAGGGAUGGAAUCACGGUAAUAAGGAAUGGGAUCACGGUGACAAUGCAGGUGGUGCCGUUUUUGUCAUUGGUGAGGAUGGUAACGAAUUUGACCACGGUGGAAAGUCUUGGAACCACAAAAAGGAUUAAAUAGAAAGAGUCCUCCCAUUAUUUUUGUCAUCUAAAGUGUCUGUUUUUUUUUUUUUCUCUUCUUCUUCAAACUACCAUAGACAUCCUCUUUAUAUUGCUUUCUCACUCACACUCACACACUCACACACACCUCUCCUUUUUUUUUGUUUUAUCCUAAUUGUAUUGCAAAAGAAAAAA